AUGGGCCUGAGCGACGACAAGGAUCGCAUUGUGAUAAACGUGGGAGGGAUCAGACAUCAGACAUACCGCAGCACCCUGCGCACUCUACCUGGCACCCGCUUGUCCUGGUUGGCCGAGCCUGAUGCGCCCAACCACUUCGACUAUGAUGCCAAGAUCGAGGAAUUUUUCUUUGACCGCCACCCUGGCGUUUUUGCACAUAUCCUUAAUUACUACAGGACAGGUAAGCUGCACUGCCCGGCUGAUGUCUGCGGGCCCCUCUAUGAGGAAGAGCUGGCCUUCUGGGGCAUUGAUGAGACAGACGUGGAGCCAUGCUGCUGGAUGACCUAUCGCCAGCACCGGGAGGCAGAGGAGGCCCUUGAUAGUUUCGGCGGGGGGGGCCUGUUAGACCUGGCGACUGAUGAUCCGGAGCCAGAGCCGGAGCAUGCUGAGGAUGAUGUGGAUGAAAUGACAAGGAGGCUGGCGCAGGGAGACUGUCCUGAUGCCAGGAGUGGAAGCCUGUGGAGCCGGUGGCAGAAGUAUGUUUGGGCUCUGUUUGAGGACCCUUACUCCUCUAAAUAUGCAAGGUGGGUGGCUCUGGCCUCGCUGUUCUUUAUCCUGGUGUCCAUCACCACCUUCUGUCUGGAGACCCACGAGGCCUUCAACCCCAUCAUCAACCGCACUGAGCUGGAGGUGGUGGACAACAUCACCGUGGAGCACACCUACCAGGAGACUGAGACUGCGCUCUACCUCACCUACAUUGAAGGCGUGUGUGUGGUGUGGUUCACUUUUGAAUUUCUAAUGCGAAUAACUUUCUGCCCAAAUAAAUGUGACUUCAUUCGGAACGCCCUGAAUAUCAUCGACUUUGUGGCCAUCCUGCCCUUCUACCUGGAGGUGGGCCUCAGCGGGCUCUCUUCCAAGGCAGCUAAGGACGUGCUGGGUUUCCUGAGAGUCGUGCGCUUUGUGCGGAUCCUGCGCAUCUUCAAGCUGACCCGUCACUUCGUGGGACUGAGGGUGCUGGGCCACACGUUGAGGGCCAGCACCAACGAGUUCCUGCUCCUCAUCAUCUUCCUCGCCCUCGGUGUCCUCAUCUUUGCUACUAUGAUCUACUACGCUGAACGGAUUGGAGCUAACCCCAACGACCCUCGAGCCAGCGAGCACACGCACUUCAAGAACAUCCCGAUCGGAUUCUGGUGGGCCGUGGUGACCAUGACGACCCUCGGAUACGGAGACAUGUACCCUCAGACGACCUCCGGCAUGCUGGUUGGAGCCCUGUGCGCCCUGGCAGGUGUGCUGACCAUCGCCAUGCCCGUCCCUGUGAUUGUCAACAACUUUGGAAUGUAUUACUCCCUGGCCAUGGCAAAGCAGAAACUACCAAAGAAAAAAAACAGGCAUAUCCCUCGGGCUCCCCAACCAGGUUCUCCAAACUUCUGCAAGUCAAGCAUCAGCUCCCAACCUCAGAGCCCCAUCGCCCACGACGACGUUUUCGAGAUAAAGUUUCAAGAUUCCAAGCUGAACGGUGAGGCAGCUAACGCAGCUCUGGCCAACGAAGACUGCCCUCAUAUAGACCAGGCCAUAUCUCCGGAGGAAAUCUUCAGCCCCACCGAGAGAGAGCGGCCCUGUUUCCUGGUCACCACCGCUGAACGCCCCAACCACACAGGGGGCAGAGUGAGGAGGGGUUAUGAAAAGCCUUGGAGCCUUAACAGCAUGUCUGGCAUGAGCGGGGAUGCCUCUGGAGUGUCCUCAGUGUCCGCCCUGCCCUGCAGCCCACCCUGUCUAAUGCAGCACUCACAUUCUCCCAUCCCAUCCAUUAUGUAG